GUGGCAGUUCAGAACCGCUUCUUCUUCUCCUCCUCCUUUCUAUGGUGGUGAGAACAAACCCUAAUGCCAAUCCUAACCCUAACCCUAAUCCUAACCUCUCUCACCUUCUCCUCUCCCUCAAUUCCCCAUGGAGCUCUCUCGUGAAAACCCUAGACCUCUCGCUUUUCCGGCCACCAAGCCCAUGCCGAUUACCGACCUCGCUCCCAAGCCGCCGCCGCCGCCGACUCCGAUUGUCGACCGCUACAAGGCGCUGCUCAAGCAGCGCGACGACGACCUGAGAGUAUCCCCCGACGACGACGUGUCGCCGCCGAGCACGGAGGAGAUUGUGCAGCUUUACGAGAUGUUGUUGUCGGAGUUGGUUUUCAAUUCGAAGCCGAUUAUCACCGAUCUCACUAUCAUCGCCGGCGAGCAGCGAGACCACGGCAAGGGCAUCGCCGACGCCAUCUGCGCUCGGAUUCUCGAGGUCCCAGUCGAGCACAAGCUGCCUUCACUAUAUCUUUUAGACAGUAUCGUAAAGAACAUUGGCCGAGACUAUGUCAGAUACUUCUCUUCCCGUCUCCCUGAGGUCUUUUGUGAGGCAUACAGGCAAGUUCAACCCAACCAGCACUCUGCCAUGCGCCACCUUUUUGGCACUUGGUCAACAGUGUUUCCUCCUUCAGUCCUUCGCAGGAUCGAAGCGCAGCUGCAGUUUUCUCCACAAAUGAACCAGCAAUCAUCAGGUUUACCUCCUAUGAGAGCAUCUGAAUCUCCUCGGCCAGCGCAUGGCAUCCAUGUCAAUCCAAAAUAUUUACGUCAGUUGGAGACCUCAAAUGUGGAUAAUGUUGGUCCCCAAAGACUAAGCUCAACGGGAACUAUGAGUCAUACAGAUUUUCCCGUUGGGUCCAAACGGGUACAGCCAUCUUCCGCUGUCAGACUUGCAAGAUCUUCGUCACCUUCAAAUAUUGGCAUUGAUGAAUAUGAAGUAGAAAAUUCUCCUAAAAGGUUUGGUGAGCGGGCAUCUCCAUCUAAUUCUGUGUAUGAUUAUAGAGCAAUCAGAGAUGAAGAGCUAAGUGAAAGGCGGAGAAAACAUUAUCUUGAUGGUAGUCAGAACCGGUUAAAUAAUGGACUUGAACAUCAAAGACCAAGAGCUUUGAUUGAUGCAUAUGGAAAAGACAGUGGGGAUAGAAGUUUAAGUGAUAAGCCUUUGCAUGUUGGGCGGCUUAAUGUAAAUGGUCUAGAUCACAAAGCAACUUCAAUGGCGUGGCAGAAUACUGAGGAGGAUGAGUUUGAUUGGAAAUCUGUUGGCCCAUCUAUAACCAAGCACACUAGGAGUGAUGAUUUCUUUCCUUCAAAUGUUCCACAUUCUAGAAGCUACAGGCCCAGGCCUGGCCUCGGAACACUGAAUUUGCUGAAGAUUCAGUCCCCCCGCUCUCUGUACUUCAGUCGUGGACUCACGGGUAGAUUCCAGUCCGACAUAAAUCAUAAUCAGGGUUCUCGCCACCCUCAAGAACCAUGGAAUAUGCCUUUUCAUCCCUCUCAGCCUUCACAGACUCUUCUUAAUACCAAAGAAAUAGGUAGGAAUUUCCAGAUGCCUAUAUCACUAGGUGGUGAGAAAGUGUCUACUGAUGUUGACGGGCGACUUCACGGACCAACAUCAAGAAUGGGUUCUGGUGCUGACUUUGUUAAUGCUGACUCUCGCUUAGCUAUACCAGUGUCAGUGGGUGUAAGGCCUCCAGUAAACGUGCACAAUUCUCACCCCCCGCCUGUGCAUUCAAUUUUUCCAUUGCCGAACCAGAGGAGUCAGUACGGUUUCAUAAAUUCUGUUGACAACAUUAAAAAUCAAGGUCCAUACAAGUCUAUGUAUAUGCCUGAGCAGCAGUUGGAUGGUUAUGAAAACAAGGAGUUGGGUUUGGCAAAGCUAAGUCAGUUGACUAGUCAGAAUGCCAGACUCAUACCUGUUAAUCAGAGAAACCAGGCUCAGGUCAGUCCUUUCCAACCACAAUUUCAUCCGCAUCAGGAGCCACCUUAUUCAGCGGCACCACGUGGAUACAAUUUGCAAGGCCAGGGUGGUGCCGGUAUAGCAAAUCCUGUACCUCGUGUACAGUUGGGCUUACCUACUCACUAUACUCCAAAUGCUUUGCAACAUUUGCGAGGGGACUCCUUGCCGCCUCUACCGACCGGUCCCCCUCCUCCCAUACAUGGUGUAUUUCCUGGUCUAAAGGCUGGUCCAGUAGUCUCUAGCAACCAGCAAGGGAGUUCUUAUACCGGUUUGAUUAGUUCUCUCAUGGCUCAAGGUGUGAUCUCAUUGACAAAUCAAAGUGCCCUGCAGGAUUCUGUAGGAGUUGAGUUUAAUGCGGACCUUCUCAAGGUGCGUCACGAAUCUGCAAUAACUGCUCUGUAUCAUGAUCUCCCAAGACAAUGCACAACCUGUGGUCUCCGGUUCAAGUGCCAAGAGGAGCACCGUAGUCAUAUGGAUUGGCAUGUGACGAAGAACAGGAUGUCCAAAAACCGUAAGCAGAAGCCCUCUCGUAAGUGGUUUGUAACUACAAGCAUGUGGCUUAGUGGUGCAGAGGCUUUGGGAACUGAUGCAGUUCCUGGCUUUUUGCCUGCUGAUACCAGUGCGGAAAAGAAGAGUGAUGAAGAAAUGGCUGUUCCGGCUGAUGAGGAUCAGAAUUCAUGUGCGUUAUGUGGGGAGCCUUUUGAUGAUUUUUAUAGUGAUGAGACAGAGGAGUGGAUGUAUAAAGGUGCUGUGUACUUGAAUGCACCUCACGGGUCAACACCUGGCAUGGAUAGGUCACAAUUAGGUCCUAUAGUGCAUGCCAAAUGCAGGCCGGAGUCCACUGAUGGAACUAUUGAAGAGGGCAGUCAAAGAAAACGUUUGCGGAGUUGACAUAGUUAGGAGGGACUUCCAUGUCCGCUGUAACUUAAUACAAGUUUCUUCAUUUUUAUGGUACUCUCUUCAACUAUUUUUACAGUAUUGUUGGAGUAGCAGCAUAUUGGCUUUAAGCCAGCUUGUACAUGUAUAGUAGAACUUGUACCAUAGACAGUAUCUUGAAGCAGAGGUCACAAUUUCUCUUGCCAUAGUGUUAUCUGGCUUUCUUUUUUACUGUCUAAACAUCCAGCCUGACAACAAAAUCCACACUCAUUGUCCUUAUCAUAGGUUUCUUUGUUUCUAUCUUUUGAAAAUGAUAAGGGGUGGUGGUGCUGUUUUAAAUUGUAGCAUGUUCAAGGGAGGGAGAGAAUUAUUGGGUCCAUUCUAUUGAAUGGCUUUGUGCAAAACAUAUUUUCGCCUGCUUGUACAUUCUGCAGGGCAUGCAUUGUGGAACUACCUGUAAACAAAGAUUAUCAAGGCUCAAGUGCACUGUGAAGCUACUGAUGUCCUCUGUCAAAUUGUUCUUGUUCUUUUGUUAAAGUUCAUUUGUGGUUUUAAGGUCAUGACGAUGUAACUUCUAUAUUGAAUUGAUUGUGUGGUGAAG